GCUGUUAUUACGUGUUGAUCCAAUAUGUCCGCAGAGCACGUCACCAACCCUGCCCCGCAGAGCACAAAGUCGGGCCCUUGCCACCCUCUUGCCCCGCUGUCAGCAGCAGAACUGCAGAGUGCCGCCGCUAUCAUCAAGGCAUCCUGGCCAGCACAGACGGACCUGCACUUCAAGGUCGUGACGCUGCAAGAGCCACCCAAGGUCGAGGUUCUCCAGUACUUGGAGGCCGAACAUGACGGCAAACCUCUGCCUUCCAUCCCGAGAAAGGCCUUCAUCAACUACUACAUCCGAAACACGAGCAAAUUCCAUGAAGCCAUUGUCGACCUGACAUCCGGCCGGGUGGAGCGGAACUCCCUGCUAGGGCCGUUUCUCCAUGCAAACGGAGACGGAGAUGAGAUUCUUGCCAUUGAAAAGGCCGCGCUUGCGGAUGAAAAAGUCAAGGCUGAAAUCGCCAAGCUCCAACUUCCCGAAGGCACCGUGAUCAUCAGCGACCCCUGGAUCUACGGCUCCGAUGGCAUUGGUGACGAGGAUAGGCUCUACCAGUGCUUCCUCUACUUGAGGGACCCGAACAACUCUUCCGAGGUCGACUCCAACCACUAUGCGAUGCCAUUGCCCAUUUCUCCAGUGGUUAGCACCGAGACUAUGACGGUUAUUCGCAUCGACUUGCUGCCUACUGGUGCUGAUAACACCAUCAAGCCGGUAGAGAAGUACAAGAUCCAACCGCCCAACGAGUACAUUCCCGAGGCGCAGAAGCUGCGGACAGACCUCAAGCCGCUCAACGUAAUUCAGCCUGAAGGUGCAAGCUUCCAGGUUCAACAAGAGGGGACAUCAAGCGUCCUCUCAUGGCAAAAGUGGCAAUUCAGAGUCGGCUUCAACCAGCGUGAGGGCAUGGUGCUUUACGAUGUUCGCUACGACAACCGCAGUCUCUUCUACAGGCUGAGUCUGAGCGACAUGAACAUUCCCUAUGCGGACCCCCGCCACCCAUACUUCAAGAAGAGUGCCUUUGACCUGGGCGAUGCCGGUGCUGGUAUCAUGGCGAACAACCUCAAGCUUGGCUGUGACUGUCUGGGUUCCAUUUACUAUCUAAGCUCGGUACUGUCAGACGACAAGGGUGGUGUUCUCGAUAUGCCCAACGUAGUGUGUAUCCACGAGCAAGAUGCUGGCAUCGGCUUCAAGCACACCAACUACCGCACUGGGCGCGCAGUAGUCACUCGCAGCCGAGAGUUGGUGCUCCAGAGCAUCAUCACUGUCAGCAACUACGAGUACAUUCUCGCCUUCCUCUUCAACCAGGCUGGAGAAAUCAGCUACGAGAUUCGGGCAACGGGUAUUCUGAGCACACAGCCGAUUGACGAAGGCGUCGAUGUGCCCUUUGGCACAGUUGUGCACCCCGGUGUGCUUGCAGCCCACCACCAGCACAUCUUCUCGCUGCGAGUUGACCCUAUGAUUGACGGCUACGACAACCGGCUGGUGUACGACGAGGCCUUUGCCAUGCCCCGCUCGGAAUUCAACCCUCAUGGAACAGGGUACUAUGUCCAGGAGACUGUUGUAGAGCAGUCUGGGGGCUACGACAUUGCCUAUGAGAACAACCGCACAUUCAAAAUCCAGAACCCGAAUGUACGAAACCCAAUCAAUGGCAAGGCAGUCGCAUACAAGAUCCAAGCACCUCCCUUCCAGAAGAUCCUGUCGGACAAGGACAGCUUCAACUACAAGCGCGCCGAGUUUUCAGACCAUAACAUCUACGUCGUCAAGCACAAGGACGGCGAACUGUAUGCGGGCGGCACAUACACGAACCAGUCACGAGGAGGAACUGGCGUGCGGGCGUGGGCCGAGAGGAACGAGAAUGUCAAGGACACAGACCUUGUCGUGUACAUCCAGGCGGGCAUUAACCACGUCCCUAGGAUCGAGGACUUUCCCGUUAUGCCGUGUGAGAUUUUGAAGAUUCAUCUGAAGCCGGUCAACUUCUUCGACAAGAACCCUGCACUGGACGUUCCCCCCAGCGAGCAGGCAUUCAACAAGAGCAGUUUGCUGAGCGAGCAGCAUCACCAGCCGAGCGUGACUGCGACUGUUGCCAAGGACGGCCAAUGCUGCACGCCGCAGAGCGCAAAGUUGUAGGAAGCUGUAGGAAAGUAGAGAAGUGUUUCAUAGACCUUAGUAUUAGUAUAGUGUAGUUGUAAAUAUUAGAUUUUGC